GGGGGUGUUUGGGGUCUUCCCGACCUCUCCUUAUUUUUUCCCCCUUUCCUCUCCUCUCUCCGUAUUUUCGCCCCUCGCUCGAGCUCGGCCUCUUGAUCCUUCCCUCUCCGAUUCCGCAACCUCCCCGCUCCCAACCGCGACAAUGAGUGACGAUGGAGAAAGGACUUGCCCUCUGUGCGCAGAGGAGAUGGAUCUUACUGACCAACAGUUGAAGCCUUGCAAAUGUGGCUAUGAGAUUUGUAUUUGGUGUUGGCAUCAUAUAAUUGAGAUGGCCGAGAAAGAAGACACCGAGGCUCGGUGUCCAGCAUGCCGUACACCUUAUGAUAAAGACAGAGUCCUUAAAGUGGCUGCUGCCAAUUCUGAGAGGAUAAUAGCUGAGAUGUAUUCUGAGAAAAAGCAAAAGUCUCAAAGAGCAAAGACCAAGAUAUCUGCAGAAGCUAUGAAGCAUCUUAGCAGUGUCAGAGUGAUGCAAAAAAAUCUUGUAUACAUAACUGGAUUACCGACCAGCUUAUGUGAUGAAAGUAUUCUUGAGCGCAAAGAAUACUUUGGUCAGUAUGGGAAAGUUCUAAAGGUUUCAAUUUCUCGUCCUGCUGGAACAUCUUUCCAGAAAACAAGUAACAGCGCAUUUGGCGUGUAUAUUACAUAUGCCAAAGAUGAGGAAGCUGUUCGAUGUAUACAAGCUGUACAUAACUUUGUGUUAGAAGGUAAAUCCUUGAGGGCAUGUUAUGGUACCACAAAGUAUUGCCGUGCAUGGUUAAGAAAUAUGACUUGCAGCAAUCCCGAUUGUCUAUAUUUGCAUGACAUAGGUAGCCAGGAGGAUAGCUUCACUAAAGAUGAGAUAAUUUCUGCUUAUACAAGGAGUAGGGUUCCACAAAUUGCUUCGAGCAAUUCUCAACGUCGUUCAGGAAAUGUUUUACCCUCACCAAUGGAUGACUUGAACAACAAUGGAACAGUCUUGGACAAGCAUCCAGUCAAGAGUGCCUGUAAUAGUGCCUCAAGUCUAGUCAAAGGUUUACCUCUUAAUACGGGUGCUGGGAAGUCCAAUGCAUUACCAGCCGCUGCUUCAUGGGGACUUCGUGGUUCAAAUUGCCGGCUUUUGGCUUCAAGUGUACAGUACUCUCAAACUCAUGCCAAACAGAAAGUAGAGACUAUCAACAAUUCAUCUUUACAUUCUUUAUUGUCGAGAAGUCCAAAGCAUUCUUCGGCGCAGCAUGAUGGAUUACUUAUGACAUCAAAGAUACCUGAAAGCAAGGAAGCUGUUGGUGCCAUAUCUGGUCCAUUGGAACCUUUACAACUUGGUACUUUGGCAGAUUUACAACUGACUCUAUCACCAGAGACAAUCGUCAAUGAUGAUUCUUCUUUAAGACCUUCAUCAAAUGAUGAUGCCAUUGUAACAUCAAAGCCAGGGGAAGAAAUAAAAAUGGCAGAGUUGGAUGAAUGGUCCAGGCGGUUAGAAUAUGUAAGACCUGACGCUGGCAGGCAGCACCAAAUAUCUUCAUCGGAAUGGUCAAAACAGGUUGUCUCAGAGAUAAGCGAUACUUCCCAUGUUUCAUCAGGUUCCUUAUCUAGCUCUCCAGCUGUAGCACUUGAAGAAAAGGAAAGAGACAUUGCUUUAAAUUGUAUUGACAUGAAGCCAAGAAAUACCAUUAUUUCUAAAAACCAUGUUAGACAAUUUAGCAACUCUGGUCCUGAUAGAGUUAUCCAUGAUUCUACUGUUGUUAAUGGUGAGGUGCAGAGCAUGGGUUCAGGAUUUUCUUCAGUUAAUAUAGACGGCCAUGAUAUGGAGAAUCAGUUAGAUAUUGACCAGCAUCAAACCUUAUCCUCUGAUCUCUGCUCAAGUGAGAGGUCCAGAAGUCGAGAUUUAGAUUCAGCCCCAGUUGCAUUGAGCACAAAUGAAUUAACUGAUUGGAAUUCUAAGCGCUCAAAACAACAAUUGAUCUCCUUUAUUGAUGGGAAGGAAGAUUCUGUGAAAGUGCAUAACAAUCAGUCUGUACCUUGUCUAAGUCCCCAAGAUACUAAUACAAAUCAUGCAAGUUCUACCUCCUGCAGUGAUGGACUCGGAAGUAAACAACACCAAUUUAUUGAUAGUUCAUUGGACAUGGAUAGAAAGCAGGUCACCAUGUGUUCCUUAGGUGACAAAGAAUCUGCAGUUCACAAUGGACAUAGAGAGGAUGACAUAAGCUCCAACUCUUUUAGCAGGAGCGAUUUGAGUUGUCCUGGGUUCAACUGCAUGGAAGAAAAUAUGAGAACUGGUGGUGACAACAAUUCUAGUGUAGAUAAAAUGGGCGAGAGCAACAUAAUUUCGAACAUAUUGUCACUAGAUUUCAAUCCAUGGGAUGAUUCAUUAUCCUCCUCUGACAGUUUGGUUAAGCUGCUUGGUGAAAAGGAGGAACAAGAUGGGUCUUUUAAGCUAUCAAAUUCAUGGAAAUCACUAACCAGUAACCAGUCCAGAUUUUCUUUUGCCAGGCAAGAAAGUCAAGCAAGUCUUUUAGAACCUCAUGUUGGAGAAAUUGAUAAUGCUCAGAGACUUCACUCCUUAUCACAGGAUUCAUACAAAGAUAGUUUUCAUAACAGACUUCAAUUCAAUGAUUCUGACGGUUCUUAUGUUAUUACCAGUGGUGACACCUUGUCUGAUAGGACUACUAGUGUCUCGAAGGCUAAGAUAACAGCUCCACCUGGAUUCUCAGCUCCAAGCAGAGCUCCACCCCCAGGGUUUUCUAUACCAGACAGAUUUAACCAGGCAUAUGAGGGCUACACAGAAAAACAUAUGCUUGGCUGUUCUUCAGGUGGAAAUAAUUAUCAAUCAGAUUUGAUUGGAAAUUCAUGUGAUGUGGAGUUUAUAGAUCCAGCAAUAUUGGCUAUUGGCAAGGGCCGGAUACAUCUUGGACCAAAUAAUUCAGCAUUUGGGUUGAAAUCUUCAUUUCCUGAACAGAUUUGCACCUCUAGUAGCGAUCCAAGGCUUCAUCUAAUGAUGCAGCAAUCUGUUUCUUCUAAUCAGAACAUGAGGAUACCAGAUCAAAUGGGAGAAAGAUUCUUGCCAUUAAAUGAUGCAUAUAUUGCAUCUCAAUUUUUAGCAAAAAGCCAUUCCAGUGUAUCUCCAUUUUCACAGUUGUCAUACCAGCAACUGAGAAAUUCACCUUUUCCUAAUAACCAGUGGGAUGCCUGUAACAGUUACAACGGUAUACGGACUGGCAAUGAUAUAGGCAUGAGUGAAAUCUUCAGAAACGAGAGAUUUGGGCUUAAUGACUACUACACAAGCACUCAUGAAAACAAGUUCCACAUACCGAGUACAGGUGAUCUAUACAAUCGUGCAUUUGGAAUGUAAUGCUGAUCUGUUGCUGCGCAGCUUUGACCUCCUUUGUUAAGGGCACCUCUGACCAUGGAUGACAGCUGAUUCCUUGAAGCAGAUUUUUUCCAAAAAUUUUCUGAGAGCUUGAUAUUUGGCCAAUUUCCAUCAACAGGGAGGGAUACAUUGGUUUCAUUGUGCCCUAAAUCCUGAUGCUUGUGUUCUCGAGGGAGAAGGCAUACGGAGUGCUGUCAUCUUGAUGUGUCUCGUUAAAUUUUCCAGGUCAUGAUAAAUACUGCUGCUUAUGCGUGGAAUUGUUCUGAAACUUCGACUCUACAUUGAAAAACUUCCAUGUAAAUAUAUGUAUUUUAUUUAAAUUGGUGUAUACCAUUUAAUGCCCAAAGUGAUUGUAUAGUUGAAAUCGUGGUUGGCAUA